AUGCACCAGGCCGACAGCUCAGACCCUCCACCGGCUUCGCCCUCCUCAGCGGGAGCCGAGCGGAGCCGCCAUUUCUGCCCCUUUCUCUCUCGUUCUCGCUCUCGAGCUCCGUGCGUCAGGGAUCCAGCGCCGCAGGGCCGACGAGACCGCUUCCGGCCGCGGCCGCUGCGGGGCGCUGCAGGGCCGGCCAGCCCUUCUCCUGUCCGCUCCCCCCUCCUCUCCCUCCGCCCCUCCAGUAGGCCCCGCCCAGCGGCGCGGCGUCAGCGCUCGGCGGCGGGGGGGCGGGGGGGAAAGGACGCUCUGGGCUACGUGAGCUCUAUGUUUCACAGGUCUGGCCCCGCGUCCUGGAGGGGGAUGGGAAUAACCAGAAAGACCGCGGGGCCAGCCAGCGCGCUGGAGCUGACCCUGGAGUUCUCACGCCCUGCGAGGCCCGAAUACCCUAGCACCUCCACCAGCGCCCCAGAGUGGCCUGGAUGCAGCCUGGAACGACCCGCAGAGGCGGAGGGGGCGAUCCACGGCCACCGGGGAGGACGAGGGCGCGGUGACCUGAGUUGGAAUCCCAGAGGUACCCGAGGCAGGACGCCGAACUUGAGUCGCACUUUUCGUGUCUGUAAAAAUGAGACUGUGGUAGAAAUAGAUCUGUGCGGCUUCUGGCAAAUGGAAACAGAAAAGACAAGAACCUGCUCAAGUUACAGUCUGAUGCAAUCACCCUGCAAAAUCCUGGUAAAAUAAAGGAUACAUCUAAGGAGGAAUUAGAAAUAAACCUGCCAACCUUCCCAUCAUUUAUCCCCAGGAAACUGCAAGGAAAGCUGCCUUUCCCAACAUCUACACUAAGAAUGAAGGGCAGAGGCGCAUGGAUGAUUCAGUUGGUUAAGUGUCUGACUCUUGAUUUCCUGCUCAGGUUGU